CCUUAUACCUAGCGCCGCGGCCAAACCGUCCCCGCAGCAGCAGCAGCAGCAGCCGCGAGAGAAGGAAGCGGUUGUGGACGUGGUGGGGAGUGCGCGCGUGCCAUGGCCUGCUGUGGAUUACGGCGCUGAAAAGGACCCGAGCGCCCGCGGAGGAUGCAGCCGUCUUUCCAGGCCGGCAAACAGGCGGCUGCCUACCGGGACCCUGCCGGACGGAGGCCCGUCUACGCCGCCAACCCGCGAAAGCAACAACAGGGCGCCUUCCCGGCCCGACUGGGCUCUCCGCCUGCGUCCAGCAUCAACUCGGGGGGCUCGGCUGGUGGCAGCAGCAGCAGUGGCUCGCAGGGCGACCAGCUCAGCAAGACCAACCUGUACAUCAAGGGCCUCACCCACACCACCACUGACAAGGACCUGCUCAACCUUUGUGCACCGUAUGGCAACAUCAUCUCCACCAAGGCCAUUCUGGACAAGGACACCAACAAAUGCAAGGGCUACGGGUUUGUGGACUUUGAGUCGCCUCUAGCGGCCGAGAAGGCGGUGAAGGCCCUGCAGGCGCAGGGGGUCCAGGCGCAGAUGGCCAAGCAGCAGGAGCAGGACCCCACCAACCUGUACAUGGCCAACCUGCCCCUCUACAUGGCCGAGCAGGACCUCGAGCAGCUGCUGCAGGCGCACGGCGCCGUCAUCUCCACCCGCAUCCUCCGCGACAACAGUGCGCAGUCACGGGGUGUCGGCUUCGCCAGGAUGGAGUCUAAGGAAAAAUGUGAACAAAUUAUUGCUACCUUCAAUGGAAAGGUGCUUGCCGGGUCCAAGGAGCCGCUACUGGUGAAAUUCGCAGAUGGUGGGAACAAAAAGCGCACACUGUACAAGAACCAUGAACAUCGCAUGUGGCGUGACGGAGAGGGACUUCCGUACGAGCAAGGGACGCUCUCGCAGAAUGGGGUGGGCCAGCAGUUGGUGCCAGCUGCGGCUGCAGCGGCACUCGGUGGCUACCAGCCAGCGCAGCAGCGAGGCUACUCGACAGCCGCGACACCCACUGCCUACGCCCUGCAUGGAGGUGCAUGGAUGCAGCCGGCCCAGUACAUAAUGCAGGCACCCCACCUAGCCACCACCCCACAGAUGCUUCAGUCAUCACUGGAGCCCUUGGCACAUGCCUACAGCCCCAUGUUGCCUCAGCUGACAGCGCAGAUGAAUCAGCUCUCCAUCCCUGGGGCCUCGUACAUGGCAGCGGCAGCAGCGGCGGGUGCACAUCCGUAUGGAAGCCCAGCGCCCACCUUGUACCAGCAGGCACCGCAGCUUGUGCAACAGAUUCCCCUCUCUGAGGACCCGUCAAAUGGGGGCCUGGGCAAUGGAGAGGAUGCGGCCCCCUAUCAGGGAUACCCUAAGUGAGCGCGGUGUGUGACAGGCAGAGAUCUGACUGAAGUGUGUCCCAGCCUGCAGAGGGGGUGGUGGUGCGUUGUGCGGCCAGUUACCCGCGGCGGGCGCCUAUCUGGGGAGGAGAACGCCAAUUUUUUUUUUCUUUUUCGCCCUUGGCCAAUCAAAAAAAUGAAACAAAUGCAGGACUCGCACCCUUUCUUUCCCUUUCCUGUCCCGUUUUUUAUCCUCAUUCUUCAGCAACCGAUGACUCCCCCUUUCCUCCUAGCAGUGCGCUGAUGUGGCGAGAUGGAGGGGGCCCCGAUGUGAUGGCGAUGCGUAGUGUGCUCGGUAGCUUCUUUUUUUUCUUCCCCGUCUGCCUAGGUGUUGCACAUAGUGCAGCAGCAGUCGGGGCUGUACAUAGUGUGCGUGCGCGAGAGAGAGAGGCUCCCUUACCAAACCCCUCUCCUUUUUGAUACACACACACACAGACAUACACACACACACACACACCCGCUGGCAGCAGUAGCAGAGAGGGAAGCGGGGUGGUCGCGAGAUGGCCCUUCGCCGGUGCUCUUACUCCCACCCUGGCGGCGUUUCUUUGCUCUCAUUCCAUUUGGUCCUCGCGAAGGUGCAAAACCAAAGAGGGCAUAUUUUUCUAAGGUUUUUGUACAAGGCACCCUUUCCUUCGAAGGCGCCCCGUGAUGAGUAUUGACUGUUACACACAACGCUGUGCCAAAAAGCAGGUGGAACACACACACACUUUGGAAAGCAGCAGCGCACACAACGAAGUGCCUGCGCCAAUGGGUGCUGGGCGCGGAGGAGACUACAGUAAGGCGCUUCUCAGGGGAUGGCGACCGCCCGCCUUCUCUCGUGCGACGAUGUUAGAGUCGCCCCCGCCGAGGGGUGUUUUGUUUCUCUCCUUGCCGCCGUCGCAGUGUGGCGCACCUGGAGCGGACACACCGUUGUCGCAGUGCCUUCCACACGUUAGUUGCACGUCUACUUAUAAAGGACGCCGCCAGGGCUCGCUUUCUUUCCUUUUCUUUUAAAUAUUACAUGAUGUACUGUUUUGGAAAAUAGAGAGAACAUUGCAGUGCACUUUUUCAAAAGCAGUUUUUGGAACCCAUUUUGAAGGAGGCUUCCCCUACUCUCGUCACACAUUCCGCUCACCCACUUUCCUUCCCUUGCCCUUUUUCUUUUCCUCCCCCCUUUUCUACCACCCGCCCCCUCGUUUUCUUCAUGACCUCUCACGGCCGCGGGUGUUGGCAGCAGCAGCAGCAGUGGAACAAGUGGCCCCCUAUGCAACAACAGCGCGGUCGUUGACAUUCCACGGGGACCCUAUUCGCGGCCGUCUUCCUCUGACGGGACUUCCGGCAUUUGCGGUCCGUCGUCCCGUGCGUGCUUGUUGUGUGUGCGUGUGUGUGCGUGAGAGAGACGGACUCGCCGAACUGCUCCUCUUUCCUCGCGUGACGGACAGCUUGAACGUCGCGAUUGGUGGCGCCGCCAGCCGCUCACCUUGGCCCAUCAAGUGGCCUCUUUUUUGCAAGCCCCGGCUGGGCGUCGUCCCCCUUUUUUAUGAUGCCUGCUUUCCCCUCUUUUCCCCCAUCUCCGAGCGAAAUAAAAAAAAAAGUUUUUUUUCCA